AUGCUAAGCUUGACAAAAAUAUUGGUUUGGCUUUCUGGUUUGCUAUAUUUUGUUAAUGCAGGUUAUUUUGUGCAGUUGAAGACUCCAACUACUUUUGAAGCAUUAUUGAAAAAAGAUGACAAAGUUAAAGCACUUCGUCAUAUCAGGCCAUUGAUUAAAAAGGCCUUUUCCUUUGAAGGAUUUGAAGGAUUUGCUGGAGAUUUUGAUUCUGACAUUUUGGCCAGAUUGGCAAAUAAUCCAUUAGUUGCCGAAAUAACACCAGACAUCAACAUAAAUGUUUUUGAUAAUUACAAUGUUCAGCAUGAUGCUCCCAGACAUUUAGUACGUUUAUCACAGCGUGAAAAGAUUCCUUUUCAUCCAGAAGAAAACAACUAUUAUUAUCCCAGUGAGUAUCAAGGUGAAGAAGUUACUGCUUAUGUUAUUGAUACUGGGAUUAAUUGUGCUCAUCCUGAAUUUGAGAAUAGAUGUGAGAAUGGUGGUGACUUUACUGGUGAAGGACCUGGAGAUAGAAAUGGGCAUGGAACUCAUGUAGCUGGAAUUGUUGGUUCUAAGACAUAUGGGGUAGCUAAAAUGAUCAAUCUUAUUGAAGUCAAGGCAUUGGAUAAAAGUGGAAGUGGAACAUUAACUUCAAUAAUUGCAGGUGUUGAAUAUGCAGUUAAACAUCGAAGAGAAAAUGAGAUUGAAGCAGCAGUAAUGAAUUUAUCAGUUGGAUCAUUUAAAAAUGUAGUGUUGAAUAAGGCAAUUGAGGCAGCAGUGGCAUCUGGGUUUGUUGUAAUAGCAGCAGCAGGAAAUUCCAAUUCGGAUGCAUGCAACACUAGUCCAGCAAGUGCCAAAAGUGCUAUUACAGUUGGUGCAAUUGAUGAUAAAACAGAUCAUUUGGCAUCAUUUUCUAAUUGGGGCAGAUGUGUGGAUAUAUUAGCUAGUGGUGUUAAGAUUGCCAGUGUCAAUUCAAAGGAUUUUAAUGGAAAGCCAUUACAUUUAUCAGGAACUUCGAUGGCAGCGCCAAUAAUAACUGGAUUAGCAGCAUUAUAUUUAAGCUCAGGAUUACCAAAUGAUGAGAUUAAGGAAAGAUUAAAAAUGACUUCGACCAGUGGAGCAAUUUCAAGGUUAUCAUUUAUAUUGAAGCCAAUGACACCAAAUAGAUUAGCGUAUUUGCCAUAUUAUGAUUUAACUUCGGAUUUUAUUGAGCCGUAUUUUUCUAAUUAUACAGAGAGUUCUGUUGAAAAAGGAAAGUCAAUGCCAGUUUUAAUUUUAUAAAUGACAUUAUAGAAAAAAAAAUAAAAAAACAAAAG